AUGUCAGACCUGCCCAUCCCCAGCGCAAAAGAUCUCACAAAGCUGUACAUAAACGGCUCAUACGUCCCACCCAAAUCAAACAAAACAUACACCCUGUACAACCCAUCCAACGCCUCGAUCGUCUCAGACCAGAUCCCCAUCGCCGGCCCCGAAGACGUCGACGCCGCCGUCGCCGCAGCAGAAGAGGCAUUCAACGGCCCCUGGAGCGACUUCAGCGGUGCACAGCGCUCAGCAUGUCUGCGGAAACUGGCAGAGCUGCUUGACGAGAAUGACCGGCUGGUUGAGAUCUUGACACUCGAUGCCCUGAGCACAGGGAAUCCUGUGUCGAUUAUUCCAUCGAGGGAGAAGGGGUAUAUUAUGGGGCAGUUAAAUUAUUAUGCCGGCUGGACUGAUAAAUUACGCGGAGACUACUUCCCUGCUGAUGACGGGUUCGUGAAGCUUGUGCGCCACGAACCGCUUGGAGUAUGCGCAGGCAUAAACCCAUUUAACGCGCCCGUCGCGACCUUAAUCAUGAAAGCCGCGCCCUGCCUCGCAACAGGGAACGUCAUGAUCCUGAAACCAUCCGAGCACAGUCCUCUCGGGUCGCUGGCAAUCGCGCCACUAUUCGAAGCGGCCGGCUUUCCAAAGGGCGUGUUUCAGGUCCUCACUGGUGCUGGUGAUACGGGGGCGCUGCUUGCUAGUCAUAUGAGGAUAAGGAAGAUCAGCUUCACGGGAAGUGUUGCGACAGGGAAAAAGAUCCAAGUCGCCGCCGCCCAGAGCAAUCUAAAGCGUGUUACGCUGGAACUAGGGGGUAAAAGCCCUGCUGUGGUGUUCGAGGAUGCAAAUCUGGAGAAUGCACUUACCUGGACGGUAAAUGCGAUCCUCGCACGCUCAGGCCAAGUUUGCGUUGCUGCCUCGCGAGUGUACGUUCAGCGAUCCAUUGCAGACAGAUUCAUAGAGGAAUACAAAGCCCGCAUGAAAGCUGCAGUAGAGAGACUCGGUGACCCCCUGGAUAUGGCGACUACCAUGGGACCCCUGGUCAACAAGGCUGCAUUCGAAAGGGUCACGCAGAUGAUCGAGAGAGGUAAGAAUGAGGCGGAGCUGGUGGUUGGUGGUGUGCGGCAUACGGAGCAGGGGUACUUUAUCGAACCGACAGUCUUUCUGAAUCCCAAGAAGGAUGCGCAGAUUUACAAGAAUGAGAUCUUCGGUCCGGUUUCCAUUAUCAAGACCUUUGAUACCGAGGAUGAGGUUUUGAGUCUUGCUAAUGAUACGGAGUUUGGUUUGAUGUCUGGGGUCUUUACGCGGAAUAUCAACCGUGCAAUGAGAGUAUCAGGCAAGCUGGAAUCGGGCGUCGUGGGUGUUAAUUGCAUCAGCUAUAUGAACGUCCAGGUCCCCUUUGGAGGCAAGAAAUCAUCCGGCAUUGGUAGGGAAUUUGGAGAAUAUGCUCUCCGUGGAUUUACUGAGCCCAAGACUGUUCUCAUUAACAUGAACUCCGAGUAA